AUGAACUCAAACACCACCAAAAUCGAAUCUUUGCCCUGUAAUCCUUUGGAAAAACAACAAAAUCUUAAACUGGCCCCCCUGUCUACAACCGAACAUUUGGAUGAUUUUUGGGAAAUUUGGAGAGAGGAAAGGGGGCUUGUUUGGUCAACACAAGUCCCCAUGAAAACAAAAGAAGAUGCACUAGAGUUUUUGCAACAUAUUUUACCGAGGACGGAAGAGAAUCCGGGGGGGGAGGCGGAGGGAAUUGAUAAAUUUGCGAUUUUGCUUCAGGGCGAGGGGGAGGGUGACCGACCCAAAUGCGUAGGUUUCGUUGGCACCAACCGCCCAUCUCCCGAAGGUCUCGAAAUGGGAUACUGUGUGAAUCCCGAUUAUUAUGGUAAUGGAUAUGCUACGUGGGGAGUAACUGAGUUUUUGAAGAUUUAUUGGGGAAUGGAAGAGAGAUCCCAUAUCCCGCACCUCGUCGCAAAAAUUGAUCCGAGAAAUAAAGCAAGCGAGAGGACAAUAGCCAAAGUGGGAGCGAGAAAAAGUGAAGUUCUUAAAAAUUUUUACUCGAGAAGGAUAGAUGAGGGAAAGUUGAGUGAUGUCAGGUGUUGGUACUUGGAUAGACCUGGUGUCGGUGGGGAUGAGGAGGAAAAGGGAAAGGGAGAGGAGGAGGGGAAAUGAGUGGGAAGUUUAAGCUGUUAGGGAAAGGUAAUCUUGAAUUUGAUAUAACUUCGAUCGGCAAUGGAU